ACGCGGAGUUCUCGUGUUGCAGCGGCGGCGGCCUCGCCUUGCUUCGCCUCCUGUGGGUGGCAUCGCCGGGCGGAGAGGAGUGGGGGGAGGAGGCACUUGCUGGCGGCCACUUUGGGGAGGGGGCGCCCCCGCCUUUCAGGGUUGUCUUUUUUCUCCUUUGAAGAACCGACGCCCCCCCUGCCGCCGCGGGGGUGCGCACCUUCUGGAGUUUUGCUCGGUCUCGGCGACCCCGUCUGGAUUCGGCACUUCCUUGCGGCGGGGAGGAGGGCCGUGGGAAGAUCCCUCUAGACGGGGCUCAGCGGGCUCCUCUCGCGGUGGAGCGGGCUCCCGCCUGCCUGCCUGCCUCGGUGGAGUUACUGCAGAGAAGGAGUCUCUCUCUCCCCCCCCCCCGGCCUCGGCUUUGUUGUUCUUCUGGUUGCAUUCUCGCCUCCCUCCGCAAGCCGAGGGCACCGUCGCGAAGGAGUCGGAAGGGAAGGCCGCGGCGGCGGAUCUUCGGCACCCCCCCAGCAGAGGGAUCUUUUCUCACGGAUCUGCCGGAAACAAAAAGAAUGGCCCAGCCCGCCGCCGGCUUCGAGGUGGACUCGGAGUGAGCGCGCGUCUGAACGGGGGACCGCGGCCGGGGCGCGCUUCUCUUUUGCCUUUCCUUGGACGGCGCGGGACCCAGCGCGGGCCGGAGGAGCCCCUUUUCCAGCCCGGGGAGCGGGGUAGGAUGCCCGGGAGGGGCGGCUCCAUCUUGCCCGCCGCUACUGCCGCCCGCUUGGGGGAAGCCCGGCUGUUCCUUCUGCUGCUGCACGAGGAGGAGGAGGAGGCGCCCCAGGCUGCCGGCGGCGGCGGCUGCUGAAGCGCCCCGGCUCGCCCCCUUUGUGCCGGCGCCGGAGGGACCCUAGCUGAGGCCUUGGGGCCGGCCAUGUAUCCUCAAGGGCGGCACCCGGCACCUCACCAGCCUGGUCAGCCGGGCUUCAAAUUCACCGUUGCAGAAUCCUGCGACAGGAUUAAGGACGAGUUCCAGUUCCUGCAGGCUCAGUACCACAGUCUUAAAGUGGAGUACGAUAAACUUGCAAAUGAAAAAACAGAAAUGCAACGGCACUACGUUAUGUACUAUGAAAUGUCUUACGGUUUGAACAUUGAGAUGCACAAGCAGACGGAGAUCGCUAAAAGGCUGAACACCAUUCUCGCCCAGAUCAUGCCUUUUCUCUCGCAAGAGCACCAACAGCAAGUGGCUCAGGCUGUUGAGCGUGCCAAACAAGUCACGAUGACCGAGCUGAACGCCAUCAUCGGGGUACGUGGAGUUCCCAAUCUGCCUCUCACCCAGCAGCAGCUCCAGGCUCAGCACCUGUCUCACGCCACUCACGGGCCCCCGGUCCAGCUGCCCCCUCACCCGUCAGGGCUGCCGCCACCUGGGAUCCCGCCAGUCACCGGGAGUAGUUCGGGGCUGCUGGCCCUGGGGGCCCUGGGCAGCCAAGCCCACUUGACUGUGAAAGAUGAAAAGAACCACCAUGAUCUGGACCAUCGAGAUCGCGAUGCUAGUGCAAAUAACUCCAUCUCCCCAUCAGAGAGUUUGAGAGCCAGCGAGAAGCACAGGAGCUCCACAGAGUACGGGGUCGACUCCAAGAAGCGGAAAGUGGAGGAGAAAGACAGCAUGAGCCGAUAUGACAGCGAUGGCGACAAGAGCGACGACCUGGUGGUGGACGUCUCCAACGAGGAUCCUGCCACACCUCGGGUGAGCCCUGCCCAUUCACCUCCUGAGAACGGGAUAGACAAAGCCCGGGGCUUGAAAAAGGAUGCCCCCAACAGCCCUGCCUCCGUGGCCUCGUCCAGCAGCACUCCCUCUUCCAAGACUAAAGACCUGGGCCAUAACGAUAAAUCUUCCACCCCAGGGCUAAAGUCCAACACUCCCACACCAAGGAACGAUGCCCCAACGCCCGGGACAAGCACGACCCCAGGGCUUCGGCCAAUGCCAGGCAAGCCAUCUGGAAUGGACCCCUUAGCAUCUGCCCUGCGGACGCCCAUCUCCAUAGCGGCUUCGUAUGCCACACCCUUUGCUAUGAUGGGGCACCCCGAAUUGAACGGCUCUCUCACCAGCCCUGGGGCCUACGCAAGUCUUCACAACAUCCCACCUCAGAUGACAGCCGCUGCUGCCGCCGCCGCCGCCUAUGGCAGGUCGCCAAUGGUGAGCUUUGGAGCUGUUGGCUUUGACCCGCAUCCGCCUAUGAGGACCCCCGUCCUGUCCACCAGCUUGGCAUCCAUUCCCGGCGGCAAGCCAGCAUACUCCUUUCAUGUGAGUGCUGACGGGCAAAUGCAGCCAGUUCCAUUUCCUCACGAUGCUCUUGCUGGUCCCGGCAUUCCCCGGCACGCCCGUCAGAUCAACACGCUGAGCCACGGUGAAGUGGUGUGUGCCGUGACCAUCAGCAACCCAACCAGGCACGUCUACACUGGCGGGAAAGGAUGUGUGAAGAUUUGGGAUAUCAGCCAGCCGGGCACCAAGAGUCCCAUCUCACAGCUGGAUUGCCUGAACAGGGACAACUACAUCCGUUCCUGCAAGCUGCUCCCAGACGGCCGGACGCUAAUCGUGGGGGGUGAGGCCAGCACGCUCACCAUCUGGGACCUGGCUUCCCCAACCCCGAGGAUCAAGGCGGAGCUGACCUCCUCAGCCCCUGCCUGCUACGCUUUGGCCAUCAGCCCAGACGCCAAGGUCUGCUUCUCCUGUUGCAGCGACGGCAACAUUGCCGUCUGGGAUCUCCACAACCAAACUCUGGUCAGACAAUUCCAGGGUCACACGGAUGGUGCCAGUUGCAUAGAUAUCUCCCAUGACGGCACCAAGCUCUGGACAGGGGGCUUGGACAACACGGUGCGCUCCUGGGACCUUCGGGAAGGACGGCAGCUGCAGCAGCACGACUUCACCUCCCAGAUCUUCUCGCUGGGCUACUGCCCAACGGGGGAAUGGCUGGCUGUGGGCAUGGAGAGCAGCAACGUGGAGGUCCUGCACCACACCAAGCCUGACAAAUACCAGCUCCACCUUCACGAGAGCUGUGUCCUGUCGCUGAAGUUUGCCUACUGCGGAAAAUGGUUUGUGAGCACUGGAAAGGAUAACCUCCUCAAUGCUUGGAGGACUCCCUAUGGAGCAAGCAUAUUCCAGUCAAAAGAAUCUUCUUCCGUCUUGAGCUGUGACAUUUCAGCGGAUAACAAGUACAUUGUAACAGGCUCUGGUGACAAGAAGGCCACGGUCUACGAGGUGAUCUAUUGAGCCAAGGGGCUUCUGUGGGGCCACCGCACUCCACGCAGGAUGCGGCCUGGAAAGGCGGUGGGACUCCAGCAGGCAGGCGGGAGUGGCUGAGCCUUCUUCCCAUGAUGCUCUCUGUGGAGUUGCACAACCUGGGUGGGGGUCUUCCAUCACCGUCUGGGAGUACCUCUGCUGGAUUGAGAUCUUGGCCCCUGGCCCAGCCAGCCAGCUUCAAGGGGUUUUCCAAAGGUCUUUUCAGGCCUCGGCCGGCACGUGUUUUUCUGGUUUUUUUCUUCUUCACUUCUUGGUUCUCCUGCCUGUGAUUGGGAAGCAGACUUUUUACGGAUUUGCUUUCAGCAGAGACUUGUGGUCCUUUGUCUCUCCAUAAGACGUGUGGGAAAUGUAAAUAGCGGACCAGUUUUAAUGCGGUGGGGGGCUCCUGAAAUGGUGGCGCCUGCUGUGUAAUGCUCCCCCCCUUUCUUCUCUGGUCUGCUGUAACUGUAUUCCACUGGGGUUUUCUUUUUUGUUCAGGUGAUGGUGGCCAUCUCCCCCCCCCUUUUUUUCCAGAUGCACAUUUGGAGAAACUGCCAGCCUCCCACUUGUCCCCAGGUUGAGCAAAACUGCUCCUCCAAUGAACUGUUUUCUACUGUUGUCCUUGUAAGUCGUCCCCUCUCUUGUUCUGAGACUUGAACCCUUGCACGGACUGUCUUUGGGAUUACAGCUGAGUCUUCAGCUGCGGAUGGCUGACAACCAUGGAACAAUUGCAUUUUUCUAUGUGGAUGAUUUCUCCCUUCAUUUUAAAAGCACUUCUGUCUUUGGAGCAGGCGAGGAGUUCAUGUCCAGAUGGACGGUGCCCGUCGCAGCCUUCAGGCCUAACUGCUGAGGAAGGGUUUUCAAGAAAGCAAAGUUAAACAAUAUGCUCAGGGAGCCCAAGAAAGAAAGAAAGAAUAGCAGCUUGUGUGGGACUUUUUUUUUUUUAAGUAAUAGAGAGUAAAAGUAAUAAGAGCUGAUAAUGUUUAAAUGCAGGUUCUUGUUGUUUAUAAAAGUUUACUAACAAAUGCAGUUUCUGUAUGGUGGGGACUGGGGGUGGCAUCUGGUGGGUUUUAAGUGGCUUUGGCGAUCUUCCCUCUUCCAGCCUCUUGGCUCGGACAGGCAUUUGGCAGAGCGGGAGGAGGGAGGGUCGUCUUCUGGCAUUUUUGUACUAAAGGAGUAAAUAAAAUUUUAACUCAAGAAAUCUACGUAUUUGUGUAGCAGAAGAUCUUGCCCUGUAAUGUAGCAUAUGGAAGAUAAUUUUUAUACCACAUUUUUAUGGAUUAUUUUUUAAUUUUUGAUUUUGAUCUGGUUUUAAAAAAAAACUUUUAAAAAACACACUAUGGCUUAAAGGUGGAAAACUGUCUGUUUUUAUUAAAGGCCAAGCCGGUGCAUAAAGGAA